AUGGAUGGAAUAUCUAUAGAUGCCUUGCCGAAGACCUUUCAGGAUGCAAUCUAUGCUACUUGGAAGUUUGGAAUCCAGUACCUCUGGAUUGACUCUCUAUGCAUCAUCCAGGACUCGAAGGAAGACUGGAAUUUCGAAUCGUCUCUGAUGACCCAGGUGUAUGGCAGAUGCCUGUUGAAUCUUGCAGCCACUUCUUCGAACGAUUGUACCGGCGGCCUGUUCCAAAAUCGACCACCUUCUUACUCGGGCUCACGCUUCAUAUCGGUAGAGAGCAUGAAAGAUGGCUUUAAGUCAUCUUAUCAGUUAUGGGAUCAAAAUGUCUGGCCUGCCAGCUUCGAAUCCGCCAAACUUAACACUCGCGCAUGGGUAAUGCAGGAGCGCCUACUGUCACCCCGAACACUGGGCUUUGCCAAGGAACAGCUUUUUUGGGAGUGUAGAUGCGAUCGCUGUUGUGAAGAAUUUCCUUUUGGAUACCCUUCCGAAUUAUUUGAACGACGCCAAAGGGACUUUCCGCAGCCUGGGAUACAAGAUAGGCUGAAGACUCAUUCCCUAAACUACCAUGCGGACAGUCGAUUCGAAGAGAACCACGCCCGACGCCUGAGUCUUGCAUGGCAUAAUUUAGUUAUGCAUUAUUCGAGGAACGAAAUGACGUAUGAGCAGGACAAACUGCCUGCAAUCAGUGGGAUUGCAUCUUUGUUCGCGCAGAGACUAGGCACCGACUACCUCGCUGGGCUAUGGAGGUCUACUCUUCUAAGUGACCUCCUCUGGGAAGCUAAUCCCGGCGACUCCGCUAUGAAACAACCUCUAGAGUACCGAGCUCCUUCAUGGUCAUGGGCUUCUAUGAACUGCCCUGUGAAAUAUCUCCCUGGAUGGAUUGUGUCACCCGAAGUAACAGUCGUCGAGGCAGCGGCACAGCCCGUUUGGGAAAGAAGUCCAUUCGGCAGGAUGUCAGAUGGGUACAUUCGUCUCAGUGGAAAGCUCAUGCAUAAUCUGACUGUUGCCCCUUACCGUGGACAUUCCUACGCAUUGCAGGCCUGCGGCUCAGAAAGCCAUUCAAUAGCUGCAGAGUGCACGCCAGACCAGCUAUUAGGACCCGCAGACAUGCAGCCCGAGAUUUUCUGCUUGCCUGUGGGAUCCUACUGUGAAACCUCACGGGCACUUGGAGACAUAUUGUACGUAGGACUGGUCUUGGUAGCAGAUGAAGUACAACGUAGAGGCUACUACAGAAGAUGGGGUAUCUUCGUAUCACAUCAGAGGUGGUCUGAUAGUGCAGACAAUCAAGCACCAAACCACCGAUAUACCAAUGAUGGACAUAGCACAAUUGUUCUCAAUUGA